GUUAAGGCAGUGCGGAAACACAUUAUGCUUGAUCUGUGGAUACUGGAUACAUUAAAACAAGGGUUUAUCGUGUAAAUUUGUUUCAAGGGUUAAUAGCAAUGUUGUCGGGAUUAUAUGAAUCGAUAUAGUCAAUUGUUCACAUUUUACCGGUGUAACUGCUAUUAGAUUGUUAAAAAACCGGUAAUGAAUUGAUGCCACUCUUAAACAAAUUUAAACUUGAGUACUAAAUGUUCGAAAAUUUAAACCUUAAUUGAUCCACCCAAAUCUUCAGAAAAUUUUAUAGCUGUCAAAAUAUAACCUGACCCGAGUAACCGGAUUGAUCAAAAUGACUUGUAACCUGCCUACAACCAGAUUUGACUAAAAGUCAACGACUCGUACCCUGACCGACCUGCAACCGAUAAACCUAUAAUCUAGUUGACCCCCAACCCGAUCCACCCAUAACCCGACUGACCCGUAGCACUACUGACCCACAACCUGAUUGACCCGAGACCCGACUAAUCCUUGACCCGACUAACCCAACCUGAACAUGACCGCACCCGCUUGCUUGACCCAAAAUUAUAUGACACAUCAUAUAUGAUUGUUCCGUUAUAGAAGUGAUUCUAUGUAAUUUGAUAUUAAAAAUUACGAAAUUGUAUUCUAAUGUGUUCUUUCUACUUUAUUAUUUUGUUUUGAUCUUGUCAUCCUAAAUAAAAUGUAAAAAUAAUGAAAUGGGUUAGGUGACAAUGUGGUAUUUGUGGGAUCAAAUAACUAAUUGUUUAUGUAUAGGAUCUCUUUUACAUAUAUAGAAUCUGAAUAACUCAUUAUUUGAGAUUGCAGUAUUUGUAUAUUAUUUAUGUGUUAAUUAAUUUAAAUAACUCGUUUUACUGAAGAAUAAUUUGUGGGGUUAAAACCUCCACAUUUUAACUUUCUUUUGUUUCAAUAUUGGACUUUGGGACUCACUUAUGCCUUGCAAAAUCAACUCCAAGUUUUGUUCAGGUAUUUUUAAUGCUCAAGUAUGUCUAUAUACAAGAUGAACAAUAUUACAGUUGCAAAGAAACUAAAGAGGCAACCAUUGAAGUUAUUAUUUUCAGCUAACACCUCCGAGACUGGCUUCACUCCUUGUCGGGAUGCUUAAAAAAACUUCAAUCCCAAAAGAAGCUUGAUGCUUUCUCCCUCGCUCCAAGUUAGCCAUUCUCUGGCAUGGGAUUCAGAAAUAAAGACUAGCAUUUUGACUAUGUCAAAGGCGAUCCCCAAGUUUACUAUCCAUGCUGCACAAAUUGUUGAUCCAGCAAUAACAAGCUUGCUUCCAAGCCACUGUAUUAUAUGCUUAACAAAUCCUCAAUUCACUCUAUUAGCAGACAUGCAACAAGAGUAGUCGCAGGCAGCAAACCAUCAACAAAUUAGCAGCAAACCUACAAAAACUAGGGCCAAAACGGCUGAAAACCAAAUUUGGACUUCCAUUUUUUUUUUAUGUUUACAGCACUUGUUCUUUCUCGUUAGCAGAAUCACUUAGCAGAAUCACUUACCAAUUUCAGUACCCCAUCUCCGUUCUAAUCCACAAGCCCUAGCAUGGAAACUCCCCCUUUCUUUAUCACUAAAAAAUCACUUAGUACCACAUUGAUGCCGGCAUGCCUAGUCGCUUGCUGCUCGACCCACCAAACACCCACAUGUCAAGCAUGACAUUAUCCAAGGGGUCUCACCACUCAUCUGUCUAGCAUGAUGUCAUACAAGGGGGCAGGCACCAAGUACUAUGAUGCGUAUCUACCUUGCACUAGGGUGUCAAGCAUGAUGUCGUGCAAGGAAGACCAUCACGAGUACCCCCUAGAUGUGGUGGGGAAAGAAAGAAAUAUUUGGCUAAGUGUUAAAACCUCACCACUCACCUACCCCGCAGCCAAGCACCUAGCCACCCCCACCAACCACUUGGGUGUCAAACAUGGCAUAAUCGAAGAGGGGUAGAGACAGUGGAGGUGAAAUUUGGCUAAGUAUCAAUACCUAUCGACCCACCCAUCAAGCAGGACACAUACCCGCCUGUCAAGUAUGCUAAUAUGCUGACCACUCGCAUACACAGAGCUAGGGUGUCAAGCAUGAUUCCAUCCAAGAAGGGUUGGUGCAAAGGAUGUAGAACAUGACUAAGUGUCGAGACCUCAAGUACCCACCUAUCAAUCAGGUCACAUACCCAACUGUCAAGUAUGUUACCGCCCACCUACCAAGUAUUGGGAUGUCAAGCAUGAUGUCAUCUAAGGAGGGUUGAUACCAGCAUGCUUUGCCGCCUACUUAUCAAAUACCCAAGCAAGACAAAGUGCAGGGGGGCCGACACUCACGUGUCAAGUAUGAGGAAAUCGGCUAAGUAUGGAAAUUCCUCCUUGUUAUCCUACCAAGCACCAGGGUGCCAAGCACGACGUCAUUCCAAAAAGGUAGGAACAACGCACCAUCAUCCCAAGUAUUCAGGCAUGUUAGACCUCAUAAGCAGUCAUGCAUGGUAUCUAGUAGACAAGGUCAUUAAAUUUCUAAGUGUCAGUCAUGUACAUUAUCACAUGGUAGACCACCUUGUCAAGACUCUUUAAGCAUGAUGCCACCCCAAAGGGGUCAGUGUUCAUUCAUUAACUACCAAACAUGCUAGUGUCGAGCAUGACGUCAUGCAAGGGUGGUCAUCAUGAGCAUCACUAAGAAAUCAAACAUCAAGAUAAAGCCAAGCGAGAUACCUCCACGACACAUGGUAACUACCUGCCAAGUAAAGUCAUCAAGUUAUCAAUGACGAAGUAGUAUGCAUGCGAGCAAGGCAGUUAAGGUGUCAAGCAGGCUACAUCAAAUGCCAAGCACUGGAGCAGUGAUUACAAAGAGGCGGUUAUAAGUGAUGUCUAUAAAUAGGAGAAACGAAGACAAAGGGUUCCACAACCAAACAUUUGACAACACAAGUCAACCUUUAUCUUUUCUUUGCAAUGCAGCUCUAUCCAUAUCUAUUAGUUUUUGAAGCUCUCACUGAACCUCCAUAGGAGCAUAAGUAAAUUAACUUAGCAUAUUUCCAAAAAGCCAUCAUAAUCAUCAUAUACCCUCGUUCGAACAUUGUUCAGAGAGUUGUGAACUGUGUUUUUAUCAUUGUUCAAAAAGUUAAGGUGCUUUCAUUGAUUUCAAACACAAGAGUUUCCUCACCAGAAAACACAGAGUAUUACUUGCCAAAAGAAAAAGGAGUUGAAAAUCAGAGUAUUCAGAGUCUGCGUAGCAUCUGGACAUUCCAAUCUCAGCACCUACUUGCCGAAGAAAUUAAGAACUGCGAGCACAAUUAGCUGCUAGAUACUCUAACCAAAGAUGUUCAUCCACUUUGUUUUCGGGAUGAAGCUCGCACACCUCCCUACUAUCUAAAUUAAACAAACUAUAAGUAC